GGGACAUGGACACCAGGACAGACUGAGAGCCGAGGAGCGACCACAGGAGCAUCCGACUCACCGCAGUGCUGUGAAAAGGGAAAAUUGAUGCUUGGAGACCAACUAAAACCCCCGGAACUAAUCUCACAUACCUAGAUCAGCUUGUUAUCAUUAACCGUCCCGCUGGCUGACCGCAGGAAACCCUACACUGGCCGGUGCGCGUGUUGGCACACUUGUAACUGAGGACCGAUGCUGUUUCCUCGCUAUUUUUGAACGACUUUCCACUGAUUUCAGUCACUGUUGUUGAGAAAGUCUCGCUUGAUGUCACUGAACAGCGGAUUAUAAUUCCCGCUUGGAUUUUUUAAAAAGUCAUCAGCUGCACUGCUGGUCAACACCAAACUUCUCCUUGAGCGACUGGAAACUGCGCACGGGGAUGGCGCAAAGGUAUGAUGAGCUGGCCCAUUACGGAGGCGCGAUGGAUGGAGUGGGGGUCCCCACCUCCAUGUACGGAGACCCACACGCCCCUCGGCCCCUGCCCCAGGUCCACCACCUGAACCACGGACCGCCACCGCAUCCCACGCAGCACUACGGAGCCCACGCACCGCACAACAUCAUGCCCAGCAGCAUGGGCAGCGCGGUCAACGACGCACUGAAGAGAGACAAAGACCAAAUCUACGGCCACCCUUUAUUCCCUCUGCUGGCUCUGGUGUUUGAGAAGUGUGAGCUGGCGACCUGCACGCCCAGAGAGCCCGGCGUGGCUGGAGGAGACGUCUGCUCCUCUGACUCCUUCAAUGAAGACAUAGCUGUGUUUGCAAAGCAGAUCCGUGCAGAGAAACCUUUAUUUUCGUCAAAUCCAGAGCUGGAUAACUUGAUGAUUCAAGCGAUCCAAGUCCUUCGGUUUCAUCUGUUGGAAUUAGAGAAGGUGCAUGAGCUCUGCGACAACUUCUGCCACCGGUACAUCAGCUGUCUGAAAGGCAAAAUGCCCAUCGACCUGGUUAUAGACGAGCGGGACGGCUGCAAAUCUGACUUCGACGACCUCUCAGGCUCCUCCACAAACCUCGCAGAUCAUAACCCAGCGUCCUGGAGAGACAUGGAUGACGCCCACUCCACGCCAUCAGUGGGCACCCCGGGACCGUCCAGCGGGGGACACGUCUCCCAGAGUGGAGACAACACCAGUGAACUCGGAGACGGCCUUGACAACAGCCUGGCGUCACCGGGCACGGGAGACGAGGAUGACCAGGAUAAGAAGAGGCAGAAGAAACGAGGCAUCUUCCCCAAAGUGGCCACAAAUAUAAUGAGAGCGUGGCUCUUCCAGCACCUUACGCACCCCUACCCCUCAGAGGAACAGAAAAAACAACUAGCACAAGACACAGGCCUCACCAUCUUGCAAGUGAACAACUGGUUCAUUAAUGCGAGGAGGAGAAUAGUACAGCCUAUGAUUGACCAGUCCAACAGAGCAGUGAGUCAGGGUACAGCUUACAGUCCAGAUGGCCAGCCAAUGGGAGGCUUCGUCCUUGAUGGGCAACAGCACAUGGGUCUCCGACCUGGCGGACCGAUGGGUGGCAUGGGUAUGAACAUGGGCAUGGACGGGCAAUGGCACUACAUGUAAAUCCACUCCACUGAGGCAAGCCUUGAACAACAGGGUGAAGCCUCCAUGGUUGGCUCAGGGAUUCUUCCAUCUGGCUGUGGAGCCCAAACAAGAGCGUGCUGCUGCAGACACUUCACACCUGUACCCACCUGACCACGCCCACCUCACCUGCCCAGCCCUUGGCGCGGAGAGGAUCACCAUGGGAACGCCCACUUCAGCACAAGCUCCGCCCCACUUCGAUCUCAACUUCCAAACGCCCAUGUCUGACAGAGGGACUCGGUAACAGAGAAGAGCCUACAGCCGCCAGGGUGCACGGACAAGACCACGGACUUCCAACCGUACAACGGAAGCCGACUGGGAUCUCAAAUCUGCAGUUUGACACAUCUUUUCAUUUUAAAUUAUUUAUUUAUUUUUCUACAACGGCGGACCAAGGGGGGACGAACUUCCUCUUCCCUUUCUUCACCUUCUCCUCCUCCUUUUUUUUUUUUAAACUGAAAGCUUUGCCCAAACUCUGUCCACCCCCCCUCCCUCCCAAAGCUGUACAUUGGAAACAUUUCAGCAAGAAGACGCACGCUGCUCGAGUGCGUGUGCGCGCACACACAGAGACACAAAACACACGCUCUAUCCUUUAUAUUUAAGAGAGAAGAAGAAAAAAAAAACACUGUGGAAUAUCUUUAAACAUAUGAGGACUCAAUGCGAGUUUUAACUGUUGUGGUGUAUAGAUUUGUGCUCUUUAUUUGGCUGUUCUGUCCAUGUUUGCGCUUGUGAUCACUAGAUUUUAGACCGAGGUUUUACCACUCAGCUCCA